AUGAACAGGCCUACUGACAACCGCAACGGCUACCUCUACGACGGCCCCACCCUACCACCCGCGCCAUACACGACGGCGCCCGCUCUCAUUAUCCUUGCUCCGAAUCCCCGCGCCCCACCGUCGUCGAUCACCGCCACCUCCACCAUUUCUGUCACAAUUACCACGGCGACGAUAAAUACGAUCACCUCUGCACUCUUCGACGCCGAUCGAAACACUCCAGGUGUCCCGUCAGUUACCAGGACCUUCGCUAACAGCGAUGCGGACUCGGUCCCGACCUGUCCUCAUUGCAACUGCACAUCCACCUCACAAAUCGACCUAGUCAUUCACCUGCGAAUCCAUCGCACAGAGACUGGCGAACCAGUGCUUGGAGCCACCACACCCACCUUCGCUGCCCUCACUGUCCAUGUGCAUCCACCCACCGGCCUGUUAGUUCACAUGCGCCUUCAUAUAAGCCUACGGUAA